AUGGAACAGGCCUCGAACGUUGGUCACACUCGAAAGCUCUAUCGUCUGAUCCGCCAAGUUAGCGGUAAGCCCUCUACAAUGAGUGACUCUGUUCGCGAUGUGAACGGCGGCUUUAUUGCUGACAACUCGGCCAAAGUCGAGCGCUGGCGUGAGCACUUUGAGCACCAUCUCAACUUCGAUACCCAACCAACAUCGCCCUUGUUCUCCUUCUCAGCGGAGUUUCUUCCCUCUCCUACCUAUGCAGUGCCAUGCGAUCCCCCCUCCGAGGAGGAAGUCGCCGAUGCCAUAAGAAAGUUGCGCAACAAUAAGGCACCCGGAGAGGACGGUAUAUCCGUUGAAAUCUUUAAGUCUUAUGUCGACACUCUGGCGCCCUGGCUCCAUGAGGUGAUUGAACGAGCGUGGAGAGACGAGGUUGUUCCUGAUGACUGGGGCUUGGGCAUCCUUGUACCUAUCCUCAAGAAGGGAGAUAAGACGAGAUGCGAGAAUUACUGCGGCAUAAGUCUCAUCGACGUUGCUGCGAAAAUCUUCGCUAUUGUCCUACUCAGACGAUUCCAGGCUGUGCGUGACUCAAGGACGAUGCCCAACUAA